CCAAUCGGGGCAGGGAGCGCCAGGGGCGGGCUGACGUCAGUUCCGCUGCCGAGGGGUUGGGGUCGCGCGGAGCCGGAGCGGGGUGGGCGCGUAGGAGGCGGCGGGGCAGGAACACAGUGUGUUAAGUUAUCUGAGCAACCAUGCUCGCUGCAAGGCUGGUGUGCCUGAGGGCACUAUCAUGCCAGACUAUCCGCCCUGCUAUCACUCAGGCUUCCCCAGCCUUGAGGAACUCCAAUAUAAAAGCAUACAGGCUGUGGCAGCCUAACCAGUGUUAUGCCACCAGAGUAAGAACAGGUGUAAGGCGUGGAAAACUUGGCCAGGAAGUUAAAGAAGCAGCGUUUGAACCAUCUGCAGAAACUGCACUUAAAGCUGAUCGCCUGGGGAAAAUUAUUGUUGCUGGAGGGGCUGCUGUUGGCCUGGGGGCCCUCUGUUACUAUGGAUUGGGCAUGUCCAGUGAGAUUGGAGCUAUUGAAAGGGCUGCUAUUUGGCCAGACUACGUGAAGCAGAGAAUUCAGUCCACGUACAUGUACUUUGCGGGAAGCAUUGGCAUGACAGCACUGUCUGCUGUGGCUGUAAGCAGAACUCCAGCACUCAUGAGCCUUAUGACACGGGGCUCCUGGCUGGCAAUUGGUGCGACUUUUGCAGCUAUGAUUGGUGCUGGAAUGUUGGUCAGGUCCAUAUCCUAUGAAAACAGUCCAAUAGCUAAACAUGCAGCUUGGAUGUUGCAUUCAGGUGUCAUGGGGGCGGUGGUGGCUCCUCUAGCCUUCCUGGGUGGUCCCUUGCUGGUCAGAGCUGCCUGGUACACCACUGGAAUCGUCGGAGGGCUCUCAACUGUGGCCAUGUGUGCUCCAAGUGAAAAAUUCCUGAACAUGGGAGGACCACUUGGCCUGGGCUUAGGCUUUGUUCUUGCCUCUUCCAUUGGAUCCAUGUUCUUGCCUCCUACUUCUGCUUUUGGUGCCGGCUUGUAUUCCGUAGCCGUUUACGGUGGAUUGGUGCUCUUUGGCAUGUUCCUGCUCUACGAUACACAGCUUGUUGUCAAGCGUGCAGAAACUCUUCCCUAUUACGGAGUAACCAAAUACGACCCAAUCAAUGCGUGCAUGGGUAUCUACACUGAUACACUGAACAUCUUUAUUCGGGUGGCCACCAUGCUUGCAGGUGGUGGAGGUGUCAGGAAAAAGUAAACUGAGACUCUUCUUUACAACUGUCGUGACAGCGUACCGAGUGCACAAUACUGAAUAAAUAUUCAUGGUUUAAAGCAGUAUUGUUCCAAGUGAGAAUUUUAAAGCAUUUCAGCAUAUUGUUUCAGUGCAAUGUGAUUCAGACUUAAUAGUUUUUCUUCAGACACUUUCCAGCUCUGUGUUUAAAAUAGUGCAAACUGCUUCUAAUUGUACAUUAUUUUGGGAAAGUAAAUUAUUUUUAAUAUCUAAACAGUCUUACCUGCUUUUUAAUGGGUUUGAUGGCAGUUCACCUUUUACUUACUUUCUUUUACUGUGACUGCGUAGUAAAGGAAGUAAUUCCUGAACUGGUAUCCCAUACGCAGGUAGGGACACAACCUACUUCAUGAAAUGCUGCUUAGAUGCAUCAAUUUUCAGUUAAGAUUGCAUAAUUUUAUUUCAGUGACAUCUUAAGAAAAACUGAAUCAAUUAUAUAUGGCACUAAAUGCAGUAAUGACUUCGACCUGGCAGAAAUUUCAGAAAGGUUUAAGCAGUUGUCAGAAAUGUGUUGGAUUUGACAGGUGAGGUGACCAAAAAGUGUAAAGGAGACAAGAUGUGAAAACUAUGCAACGUUUGUCCCAUAUGAACUUCAGUCUCUUUCUGGAGUAAACAUGAGAAUUCCUUGCUUUAAUGCUGACUGGAUAUAAUAGCUAGGUUAUUUUGAUAUAGAUUUAUAAAAUUGUUGAAUGGCAAUAUAGCUGUGUCUUUCUUCUGGUGACUGUAUUUCUGUACUGCAGAUGAAGGUUGUCCUUCGUGCUCAUCUCUUGGAACCUUGUACAAUUGGCACAGAAAGAGGGAAUUGGGGAUGGCAUGCGGGAAACCCCAGUAUCUUAAGUUUACCGUACUGGUGUGUGCUUUAGUCUGUUUACCUCUUCUCCAAAUUGGGAUGUAUAACUUGGUCUAUAAGAAAAGUUCCCUAAUAGUGAAAUUGAUUCAAUAGUAAGAAAUUUAUACUUCACAAACUCUAUAUGUUGGAAUAAAAGGUGAGUUCUUGAGCCAAGAAAGUUUCGACCUAAUGUCAACAGCUCAGAUUUUCAGUUUCUAGUAAAUAUGCUAUGUUUAUCUAUUGACCUAUGAACAAUAAAAUUCUAGCCUCACAAGUUGA